AUGGCAGCUGCUAAAAACGCACGAAAAUUUAAGCCGGAUCCGAAGACCACAUAUAAACCACCUGGGUGUAUAGAUCCUGUCAGGCUAGGUAUCCAGAAGAAAAAUAUGAAAGAUAUGCCAUAUAUUCUGUCAGCUGCUAUUGACUUCGGGACAACUUACUCUGGUUAUGCAUUUUCAAGUCAGUUUGAAUACAAAAUAUCGCCGUUAAAAGUUUCAAAUAUGACAUGGACCGCCGAAUCGGGCAAUCUUUUGUCUCUGAAGACGUCCACGUGUAUUCUCUUUAAAGCAGAUGGUAGUUUUCAUUCUUUCGGAUUUGAAGCAGAAGACAAGUACGCUGAUCUGCUAGAUAACAAACAACAUGGGUCUUGGUACUUUUUUCGCCGUUUUAAGAUGUGUUUAUAUGAACAGAAGGAAAUAUCCCGGACUAUGAAAAUAAAAGAUCAGAAUGGAAGGGAAAUGCUGGCAAUGAAGGUGUUUUCUAGCUCCAUUCGCUUUUUAAAGGACCAUUUAAUAGCGAAAUGCGUGGAAAGAGGUGCAGAGGUUCUGAUGUCUGACAUCCGUUGGGUACUGACAAUGCCUGCAAUCUGGAGUGACAAAGCCAAGCAGUUCAUGAGAGAAUGUGCUGAAAAGGCAGGAAUACCCGGUCCACAACUGGUGAUGGCACUCGAAGCGGAGGCUGCGGCCUUGUACUGCAAGUACCUCCCCGUCAGUGAUCUGGCUGUCGGAAAAGCGGGCAAUGUCUCUAUCUUCAAACCAGGAGCCAAAUACAUGGUAUUGGAUAUGGGGGGAGGAACUGUGGAUAUCACUGUCCAUCAAGUGGAGGACGGACUGCAGCUGAGGGAGAUCCAUAUGGCCAAUGGGGGAGACUGGGGUGGAACAAUGGUCGACACAGAAUUUGAGCAAUUAUUGGCUAAUAUUUUGGGCUCUGAUGUGUUUGAAAAAUUCAAACGUGAACAUGUUUCAGAUUUACUAGAACUUCAAAGAAGCUUUGAAACCAAAAAAAGGUGUAUUCAAUUUACUUCUGACUCGAAAAUUACUUUUACCCUCCCGUGUAGUUUGAAUGAUAUUUUUGAAGAGAUUAACGAGGGAAAAUCCGUAGAAGACAGGGUGGAAGCCCAUGAAGAAUUUGCGAAUAAUCUGACUUGGAAAGGAGACAAGCUUCGCAUCAAAUCGGAUAUCGCUCGGAAAUUGUUUGAACCGUCGGUUAAAAACAUCAUAAACCAGGUCACAGACCUUCUUCAUCAGCCACAGGUAGAGGAUAUCGACGCCAUUAUCAUGGUUGGAGGAUUUUCGGAAUGCCCGAUUCUACAAACCGAAAUAUCCAGAUCAUGUUCAAACAAAAGACUUGUGAUUCCGAACCAAGCUGGCCUCGCUGUGCUCAUUGGGGCUGUCAUCAAUGGACAUGAACUAGAAGCCGUCAUCGAGAGGAUCAGCAGACUUACCUACGGCGUUGCAGCAGAUAUUCCAUUCAUUCGAGGAGUACAUGAUCCCCGGCUUAAGGUAUCAGGAGGUGAUGGGAGACCGCGCUGUGCAGGUGGCUUCUCUGUACACGUACGUGCUGGAGAUGCAGUACCGGUUGGUCUCAGUGGCAAAUCAAAUCGUUAUACAGUUGUAGAAAAAGACCAGAAAAAGCUCCCGGUGCGAUUGCACACCACAACAGAUCCAAAUCCCAUGUAUGUAAUUGAAGAAGGCGUUGAAAGUGUUGGUGAACUGAUUGUUGAAAUGUCCGAUACAACAAGGGGCUUGGAUCGAGGAGUGGAUGUGGUAUUCACGUUUGGUGGUGCGGAGAUUGAGGUGAAAGCGUAUGAUAUACACACGCAGAAGGAAACAAAUGCAUAUUUUAACUUUCUAGAAUAA